AUGCACCCCACCAACAAACGCCUUCCUAACAGGCACCUGGCACGGGGAGUACCAAAAAUCGACGACCUAGUCGAGUACCAAGCAGUCAACUCCCCAAAAAUCAAAUCCGUGCAUGGGAUUGAUACGCCCACGCCCGGCGAUCCUGGUGCGUGGGAUUGGCGUGGGAAAGGGUGGUUGGUUAUUGCCAGUUCGCACUGGGAGGUUCUUGGGUUUGGAAGGGUUGAUGAUGGGAAUGAGUGGGUUGUGACGUAUUUUGCGAAGACGCUUUUCACGCCUGCUGGUAUUGAUGUUUAUUCGAGACGGGGAGAGGGGUUGGGGGAUGAGGUUGUUGAUGGGAUUCUUGGGGCUUUGGGGGGGCUUGGGAUCGGGGAGAUUGAUCGGCUUGUGAGGGGGGUUUUUGAGGUUCCUAGGGAUUAG